GGACUGAAAGGGGCGGGGCGACAUCCACCAUAGCGGUAUGGUGUGUGUAUCCCUGCCGACGUGUUCCUUCACGGCGAAUCACCUGAAGAUGCCGUUCCACGACAGCGUGUACUACCCCUACCCCGAGCCCCAGGGCACCCCCUCCCCCGCGGGGGUCCGUCGCUCCUCGACUCGCCCGCCCCUCCUCCAGCACCACCUCCUCUCUGACUCCUCCUCCUCCGCCCACUCCCACCACCACCACCCCAUCGCCAUGACCGCCUCCGCCCUCCCGUCGGCGUCGGCGCCCGCUCCCGCUCCGCCGCACCUGCCGCCGUUCAAUCCGCGAGCGGCGCGAGAGAGCGUGGACUGGCGGCGCGUGGGCGCCCUCGACGUGGGCGCGGUGGCCAGCGAGCUGGACCUGGACGCGCUGCAGCAGCACGUGACGGCCGUGGCCUUCUGCAGCCUGGGAGGCGAGCGCUGCCCGCGCUGCCGGGCCGCGCUGGACCCCGCCCUCGCCCAAGCUCUUCCGCCUGGCCCAGCUCACGGUGGAGUGCUCCUGCACUGCCAGGCCAGCGCCUCGCCGAGCACCUCCGCGGUCCGAGGGGCGAACUGGCGGGCGGCCGGCGGCGAGCGGGAGCGGCUGGCCGGGCGCCACGCCCGCCUGGAGGAGAGGGCCCGCGCGCUGACCGGAGAGCUGAAGCAGCGGAAGAGGGUGAUCCGCACCCAGCAGAGCAUGCUGGCGCCGCGCUGCGUCGGGAGUCAUAAGUGUUCCCACUGUGACAAGUCCUUCCUCAACACCUCCUUCCUCCAGAACCACCUCCAGCGCCGACAUCCCAACGAGUCGGAGAUCCAAUCGCGGCCAGACAACGAGAAGAAGUCUCAGCUGGACGUCCUGAAGGAGGAGAUCAGCAGCCUGAAGGAACAGCUGGUGCAGCAGCAGCAGACCCUGCAGGCCAAGACCGAUCAGGAGAAGGAGCAGGAGUCUCUCCACCGGGACCUGGUGCGGGAGCUGGAGCGCUUCAAGGCGGAGGAGAUGACCCGCAUGGACCGCAAGAUCGAGGACAGCCGCGACGGCUUCCGCCGCGAGAUGGAGUUCUUCUACACCAGGAACUUCCAGGCUCGCAUCGAGCAAGAGCACAGCCAGAUGUCGCGGCGCGAGACGGCCAGCAGCCCCGUGCAGCGCCCCCCCGAGCGGGAGCAGGACGCCCACGCCGACGCCCAGGCGCACGCCAUGCAGCGGCUGGAGCAGCAGCUCAGGAAACAGGAUAAAAAGUGGGAAUCCAGACUGCAGGAGAUCAAAGGCCAACACGAGUCAGAGAAGAACCAGCUGCUGAGUGAGCUGAGCAGGAUGCAGUCGUCGGUGGGGGAGCAGCAGAGCCGGGGUCAGAGGUCACUGGAGGAGAUGGAGAGGAGGCUGCAGGAGAGAGACCGCACCAUCACCUCUCAGAGAGAGCAGAUUAGGAACAUAUCCUCCCAACAGCCGGUCACCAAGAUAGUGGAGGUACCAGUCAUCGUCACGGCGACCCCACCAGAACCGAGACACAAGCGAAUUGUCCGCGAGGAGGCCGCGCCCCCGGCUCCUCCGUGCCAUUCCCUGGAUCCGAUACAGGAGAUGUCGGAGGAGGACAGAGACUCCAGCAGCGUCUCGGAGAAGAGGCGCCCCCCGGUGGUGUCGGCGGAGAGCAGGAGACCCGAGGCGGCGGCGGCGGCGACUCCGGCGACUCCGGCUCCGGCUCCGGAGCGGCGGGAGAGGCUGACGCCGGCCGCCCUGCGGAGGAACCCCAGCCUCAGGAGAGAGCUGCGGCCCGCACUGGAGCUCGCCCUGGCCGAGAAGCUGGAGGACCUGGGGCUCCGGCCGGGGCAGAGUGGUCUGAAGAGCAAGGAGCUGAGCGGCAUCCUGUCCCAGGUGGUCUCGGCGCGGGAGAGCGCGGCCCGCGAGGUGCCGCAGUACUGGCGCCACCGCGAGGAGGUGGUCCGCGAUCUGGAACAGAGGCUUCAGGACCGGCGCCGGGGCAGCGAGCCCGCCGCCAAUGGCUCGCUGCGGGCCAAGGCCAGGGCCGCCGCUCAAGCAAGUCAAAACAGACCUCGGUCCAGUAGCCUCCCCUCCAGGGUGACUCAGGUGAUGUCUGGACCUCCGGCAAAACAGGCCAAGACCCCCCAGCCAACACCCAGGACCAGUACUGUCGACCCACCGAAGACCUUGACCAGCAGAGCCAGGAACCCGGCCAAGGCUGCCGUACCCAACUUCAGGACACCUCCUUUCAGCUCAGACGAAGACUCAGAGGAGGAAGAGGACAGUGAGGAUGACGACGAGGAAGAGGACGAGGAGGAUCUAAGAAGGAUGCGCGGGCGCUCUCAGGACCCUAGGGGCCGGUCCCCGCAAGCCUCCAGACCUCAGCGGGCCCCCGUUGUGCUCCAGAACACAGCCGGCAGACCCAGCCCGGUCGCACGGCAGCAGACUCCAGCGCGGCCCGCACUCGCCUCCACGCCCAAUCAGCAACGGGCACCAGCCGGGAACGUCGUGAAGGCGGCGGCCUUUAAGGCUCCGGACAGCGAUGACGACGACUGGUCGGAGGUUAGCGAGCUGCAAGAGAUCGACCCCAAGCGGCUACAGUCUUACGAGGACCGGAACGGCAGUGCGGACAAGAGACCCGCGGUGAAACAGGCCACGGUGCGGGAGUUGGCUGUGAAAGUGGAGAACAAGCUGGCGGAGAGAGGCGGGCGACGGCCAGCAGGGGGCGUGAACGUCGCACCGAAGAGUACAAAGGAAACAGAGGAGGAGGAUGUAGUUCAGGAGCUACUGUACACAGAUCUAGAGGAGAGCAGUGAUUGGGCGGUGUCGUCCCUGGAGGAGCCGGGUCACAUCCUGGCUCUCCCCAAGUCGGGCCCCAAGGGGCCCCCACCGACCAGGAAGAGUCUGGACUCGUCCAGCACUAGCGUCUGGGGAACCUCCACGGGCAAGGGACAGAAAUCCGGAGUGACGGACACCGCGGGGGCCGGCAGCACGCUGAAGAGCAGCCUGAUCUCACUCAGCGACUUCAGCGACUCAGAAGACAUUUAGCAUUGCACACCCUACUGUUCUGACCCCACAUGAACCCUGGAAUGUCUUUGAUGACCCCUUUCUAUAUGAUUUAUGAGAUUAUUUUACCCUAUAGGUACUGCUUUUAUAGUGUCCGAUUUAUAUGUGACAGAAUCUUUUUUGUAGAUUUUUGUUGAUGAUUUUCUCCUUUAUACAUUCAUACAAGCAAUAAAUUGGGCUGUUUGUUCCAUUAAA